AUGAUCAAUUUAUUACUUCUGUUUAUUACAUUUUCAUUAUCAAAACAAUGUAGUGAAUAUACUACAAAUGAAAUAGAUACAGUUGACAGUGCAUUUGAAUGUAUUGAAUCAAUUGAAACAACAGAAAAAGAAAAUAAAGAUAUUAUUACAGGAUUAAAAUAUUAUUUAGAAGCAUAUGUAUUUAAAGAUAUAUUAAAGAAUCCAUCACAACCAUCAUUUUCAAAUAAUUAUUAUGAAAAGUGUAUAUAUGAAUUCUAUUCUCAAAUGAAAAAUCUUAUUAUUUCAACAAGAGAUCUUCAUUUAAGUUUUAAUGUAGAUGAAAAUAUGAAUAAGCCAAAUUCAGAAUUAACUAAUUUCUUUUAUUUCCUUCCAUUUACAAUAAAUAUUAAUAAUGAUAAGAAAAUGUAUUUAAUUCCUAGAAACGAAAUUCUUGAUAUUCCUAUUGAUGUUCCAGAAGAAAUAGUUAAUAAUGAAAAAGUAUCAGUUAAAACAAUAAAUGGAAAAGAUCCAUUUAAUAUUAUUCGUGAAUUUGGAAAGAAAUAUUUAGGACUAAAAUGUCCACAUGCACAAUUUACAGAAGCAAGAUCAGCAAUUUCAUUUGGGUCAUUGAGUGAUAUACCAUUAACAAAAGAAUAUUUAAACACACCAAUAACUAUUACAUGGGAAAAUGGAGAAAGUGUCACAAUUAAAUAUUCUAUAUUCAAGCUAUCAACACCUAAUAAAUCACUUAAAGAGUUACUUCAAGGAGAAGAAGUUAAACAAGGAAUUCAACCAAAAUUAACACCAGAAGAAAUAAAAUCAAGAAAAGAAAUUGGGAAAAGAAUGAAAACAAAACAAGAAAUAACUAAAGCAUAUAUAUCAGAUGAUAAUAAAGUAUAUUGA